GUUUAACCCUUUAUUACUUUAAUUAGUAUUAAAUAUAAUGUUGACUGCUAGAAACUCCGUGAAGACCGCUAGUUUGCGUGCCGCCACCUUUGUCCGUGCUCAAUCCACCGCUGCUCCAACUGGGCAAGUCAUUGGUAUUGAUUUGGGUACCACCAACUCAGCCGUCGCUGUCAUGGAAGGUAAGAUCCCAAAGAUUUUGGAAAACUCAGAAGGUGGUAGAACUACCCCAUCCAUUGUUGCCUUCACCAAGGAAGGUGAAAGAUUAGUUGGUAUUCCAGCUAAGCGUCAAGCUGUUGUCAACCCAGAAAACACCUUGUUUGCCACCAAGCGUUUAAUUGGUCGUCGUUACGAAGAUGCUGAAGUCCAAAGAGACAUCCACCAAGUCCCAUUCAAGAUUGUCAAGCACAACAAUGGUGAUGCUUGGUUGGAAGCCAGAGGCGAACAAUACUCUCCCCAACAAAUUGGUGGUUUCAUCUUGAACAAGAUGAAGGAAACCGCUGAAGGUGCCUUGGGUAAGAAGAUCAGCUCCGCUGUCGUCACCUGUCCAGCCUAUUUCAACGAUGCUCAAAGACAAGCCACCAAGGAUGCCGGUAAGAUUGUUGGUUUAAACGUCUUGAGAGUUGUUAACGAACCAACUGCCGCUGCUUUAGCUUACGGUUUAGAAAAGAACGACGGUCAAGUUGUUGCCGUUUUCGAUUUGGGUGGUGGUACUUUCGAUAUCUCCAUUUUGGAUAUCGGUGCCGGUGUUUUCGAAGUCAAGUCUACCAAUGGUGAUACUCACUUGGGUGGUGAAGAUUUCGAUAUCGCUUUAGUUAGACACAUUGUUGAAGCCUUCAAGAAGGAAUCCGGUAUUGAUUUACAAAAGGACAGAAUGGCCAUUCAACGUAUCAGAGAAGCUGCUGAAAAGGCCAAGAUUGAAUUGUCCUCUACUGUUUCUACUGAAAUCAACUUGCCAUUUAUUACUGCUGAUGCCUCUGGUCCAAAGCACAUCAACCAAAAGAUUUCUAGAGCUCAAUUUGAAGCCUUGGUUGAACCAUUGAUCAAGAAGACUGUUGACCCAUGUAAGAAGGCUCUUAAGGAUGCCGGUUUAUCCACUUCCGAUAUUUCCGAAGUUAUCCUUGUUGGUGGUAUGUCUAGAAUGCCAAAGGUUAUUGAAACCGUCAAGUCCAUUUUCGGUAGAGAACCAUCCAAGGCUGUUAACCCAGAUGAAGCCGUUGCCAUGGGUGCUGCUAUCCAAGGUGGUAUCUUAGCUGGUGAAGUUAAGGAUGUCGUUCUUUUGGAUGUUACCCCAUUAUCUUUAGGUAUUGAAACCAUGGGUGGUGUUUUCGCCAGAUUGAUUUCUAGAAACACUACUAUCCCAGCCAAGAAGUCCCAAAUCUUCUCUACUGCUUCUGCUGGUCAAACCUCUGUUGAAAUUAGAGUUUUCCAAGGUGAAAGAGAAUUAACCAGAGACAACAAGUUGAUUGGUAACUUUACUUUAUCUGGUAUUCCACCAGCUCCAAAGGGUGUUCCACAAAUUGAAGUCACCUUUGACAUUGAUACUGAUGGUAUCAUCAAGGUCUCUGCCCGUGAUAAGGCUACCAACAAGGAUGCUUCCAUCACCGUUGCUGGUUCUUCUGGUUUGUCUGAUGCCGAAAUCGAAAAGAUGGUCAAUGAUGCUGAAAAGUAUGCUGAAACCGAUAAGGCCAGAAGAGAAGCUAUUGAAUCUGCCAACAGAGCCGAUCAAUUAUGUAACGACACUGAAAACUCCUUGAACGAAUUCAAGGACAAGUUAUCUGAAGAAGCCACCACCAAGGUUAAGCAAUUGAUCACCGAAUUGAGAGAAGUUGUCCUCAAGGCCCAAGCUGGUGAAGAAGUUUCUCCAGAAGAAUUAAAGACCAAGACUGAAGAAUUACAAAAUGAAUCCAUGAAUGUCUUUAAGGAUUUGUAUAAGGAUGCUGGAUCUUCUUCUGAAGAACCAAAGAACUAAGUUUAGUUCUAGAUUUAUUUUAAUUUCUUGUGUUUAUAUUUUGGAGAUGUGAGAAAUACCUUACAUGUUCAUAAAAGAUGCCCUGUAUAUAUUUAAUGAAUGUGUCCUUUUGUGUAAACUAUAAACUAUAUACUUUUUCGUUUGAAUCGGUGAGAUCACUUAAACUGUGAGAGAUCCCGAAUGAUCGUGUAAUUGUUGGUUUUCUUCUGACGAUUGUUCCGUAUGUUUUGGAGAGUGUUCUUGUUGGCAUGCUUGUAGAUGACAUGGAUCGAGAUGUUGUAUCCAAUGGGGACAGUUCCGGUUCGUUGUCGCCGUCGUUGUCGUCGUCGACGUCGUCUUCCUCUUCUUCUGACAGGUAUUCCAACAUGUCCCCAAGCAUUGAUCUUCUAUUCAACACCUUAUUGUUAAAUUCUUCUUCGCUUUGCGAUUCACUUUCAAGUGAGGAAUAGUUGGAAGUGGUGGCCACCGACUGAAUCGUGCUGGCAUCAUCAACGUAAACCAGCAGCUUGGAAGGUUUCAUUUCACUACGCAUAUCGCUAAACUUACUCUCGGUGUCAAAGUAGUCAUUGAGGGUCUUGGACAAGUCCUUAUCCACGAGGAACUUUUGGAACAUGGUGAUUUCCUGGCGGAGCUUGACUCUGUUAGCAAGAACUUGCAACAAGUAACUCUUCCAUAAUUCUGGAAUAGUAUGAGUUUCCACGAAUGAGUUGUCAGUAUGGGGUGGUGGUGCUGGUGGUGCGGUUGCAGAUACUGAUGAGGAUACGGAUAUUGGUGCAGGUGCGGGUGGUUCUGCUUCUGCUUCUGCUUCUGCUUCUAUUUCUUCAAUAGCAGUAGGGGCCUUCCAAGGAUCAAGUGAUUUCAUUUGAGGAUCAGCGUACUUGACAGUUGGUUCGGACCCGCGAAUCAGUUCAGCUUUAGCUGGAAGGUUGCUGAGAUAUGUGUUUUCUUGUUGGUUGAUGUAUUCGGACAAUCUGCUACGUCUCACUUCCGGCAAAUGGUUUUCCGUGAUUGGCAAUGUUGUCCUGUCGAUCUUGGCGACUUUGAACACGGGAGUCUUGCCUAGUUGUGGAUUGGUGGAUGGAUUGCCAAUCAACAGUUUGAAUGAUGUGGAAUUGGUACGUUUGAUCUUCUUGAAUGAUUUGGUUCGCUUAGAACUAACGGUAAAGCUAAAGAAUUUCAACUUGACUAAGAACUUUUUGAGUCGUAAUUUAACACGGUAAGCCCAGCUGCCUUCUUUGAACUUGAUGGCGUUUUGACGGUGUAAACUAGAAGAGGACGAGUUGACAGUAUACAAUCUAACGUUACUUGUUCGUUGGGUCUUGUUUCUCUUGAACCAUUGUCUGCGUCUUUGUCUGAUGGAUGAAGUCAACAAUUUU